CCGUACGUGAGCUAGCUAGCUACGUGCUCGAGCCUGCCCGAAAAUGUUCUCCCGUGUUGUUGAAUUUCGAAGGAGCGCAGGACUUUGCGGCCAAAUAAGACGUUCUUCUCCGUGAGGGAAACAAAAACGAAGCGAAUGGUUGGCCUCUGAAAUCUUCCGCGGUGCCAUUUUAUGUUGGUGAAGGAGAGUUUUCGGCCGACUUCGGGGGGAAGUUUGUGUGAGCCUUGUUACCGGGAGUGAUGUCGAAUCCUGGGAGUCGGAGGAACGGGUCCAGCAUCAAAAUCCGACUGACAGUAUUGUGUGCCAAGAACCUCGCAAAGAAAGACUUCUUUCGUCUACCAGAUCCAUUUGCCAAGGUGGUGGUAGACGGAUCGGGCCAGUGCCACUCCACCGACACCGUCAAGAGCACACUGGAUCCCAAGUGGAACCAGCACUAUGACCUCUACAUCGGGAAGACGGACUCCAUCACCAUCAGUAUAUGGAACCAUAAGAAGAUCCACAAACGACAGGGGGCGGGGUUUCUGGGCUGCAUACGGCUGCUUUCCAACGCCAUCAGCAGGCUAAAAGACACAGGAUACCAGCGGUUAGAUCUCUGUAAGCUGAACCCCUCUGACAGCGAUGCAGUCAGGGGUCAGAUUGUAGUUAGCCUACAAACACGAGACCGCAUCGGCAGCGGCGGGCCGGUGGUGGACUGUAGAGGCCUGCUGGAAAAUGAGGCGCCUGUUUUUGAGGGAUGUUUCAGCGAGGAGCCGCUCCCCUACUCUGACCCCACUGGUGCUGCGGGAGGCGGGAACUGCCGGCUGGACUCCCCAAAUCAGGAGAGCCGUCUUCCAUCGCAGCGAAUCAGGGGGCAGGACUCCAGAGGUCACGGCCACACCCCUCAGAACAGGCCGCACGGGCAUCAGCCGCCUGACCUGCCGGAGGGAUACGAGCAGAGAACAACAGUUCAGGGGCAGGUGUACUUCCUUCACACACAGACAGGGGUCAGCACCUGGCACGACCCUCGGAUACCACGGGACCUGGCCAGUGUGAGCUGUGAAGAACUCGGGCCGUUACCGGUGGGCUGGGAGGUCCGGAGCACCGUGUCCGGCCGCAUCUACUUUGUGGACCACAACAACAGAACCACACAGUUCACAGACCCACGUCUCCACACCAUCAUCAGCCAGCACUCCCAAGUGAAGGAGACCCCCCAGGCCCCUCAGAUUGAUGUGGGAGUGGAGGAGGGGGGAGUCGGCAGCGGAGGCGGAGGAGGAGACGGAGAUGUAGCGGUGCGCUACGAGAGAGACUUGGUGCAUAAGCUGAAGCUGCUCCGCCAUGAGCUGUCGCUGCAGCAGCCUCAAGCGGGACACUGUCGCAUCGAGGUGUCCCGAGAGGAGAUCUUUGAGGAGUCCUAUCGUCAGAUAAUGAAGAUGAGGCCCAAAGACCUGAAGAAACGCCUGAUGGUGAAGUUCAGAGGGGAGGAGGGUCUGGAUUACGGAGGAGUGGCCAGGGAGUGGCUGUACCUGCUGUGCCAUGAAAUGUUGAACCCUUACUACGGCCUGUUCCAGUACUCCACCGACAACAUCUACACACUACAGAUCAACUCCGACUCCUCCAUCAACCCCGACCACCUGUCCUACUUCCACUUCGUGGGUCGGGUCAUGGGCCUGGCGGUCUUCCACAGCCACUACAUCAACGGGAGCUUCACGCUGCCCUUCUACAAGCAGCUGCUCGGGAAACCCAUCCAGCUCAGUGACCUGGAGACCACAGACCCAGAGCUGCACAAGAGCCUCGUCUGGAUACUAGAGAACGACAUCACUUCCGUCCUCGAUCACACGUUCUGCGUGGAGCACAACGCUUUUGGGAAGUUCUCCCAACAUGAACUGAAGCCUAACGGCAGGAACGUCUCUGUUACGGAGGAGAACAAGAAGGAAUACGUCAGACUCUACGUGAACUGGAGGUUCAUGCGGGGAAUCGAAGCCCAGUUUCUGGCUCUACAAAAGGGAUUCAGUGAGCUGAUCCCACAGCACCUCCUCAAACCUUUUGACCAUAAAGAACUUGAGCUGAUAAUCGGCGGGCUUGGAAAGAUAGACCUCGCGGACUGGAAGGCCAACACCCGCCUGAAACACUGCACAAGUGAGAGCAACGUGGUCCGGUGGUUCUGGCAGGCUGUGGAGGACUUCAGCGAGGAGAGGAGAGGGCGCCUCCUGCAGUUCGUCACAGGCUCCACCCGGGUGCCGCUGCAGGGGUUCAAAGCUCUGCAGGGCUCUACAGGUUCUGCAGGACCAAGGCUCUUCACCAUCCAUUUGAUAGACGCCAACACGGACAACUUACCCAAGGCGCACACAUGUUUUAACCGGAUAGACGUCCCUCCCUACGAGUCUUACGAGAAACUUAAUGAGAAGCUGCUGACGGCCGUGGAGGAGACCUGCGGCUUCGCUGUGGAGUGACCUGUCCACGUGCACACAACUGUUCAACACACACGCACAGACAGAACUUCAUGUAUGCUCCGAGUAUACAGUGCAGCCAAGCAUCACACACACACACACUCCCUAGCCACCUCCGAACUGUUGGGGGUAAAGGAGGAAGCACAGCAGCAGCAGGAGGAGGAAAAAACAAGUAUUUUAAAUUUUUUCAGACAUUUUGAAGAAGAAUUUUUAUCCUUCAUUUUUAACGAGCUAUGAUGUCAUUCUUACGAAUGUCCAACCACGACAAGUCUGACUCCAAACUCAGCCAAUCGCACGAGAGCCUGCAAACACAGACGGUUGAUUCAUCGACUUCAUGGUUACUUCAUGGUUAACCACUGUUCUGUGUGUGUGUGAGUGUGUGUGCGCGCGUUCAUGCAUGCGUGUGUGAGUAUGGAAAGCCAAAGGUCACAAUAAAGCGCACGUUUUGAAUGUGCGUAAUGGCCGUUUUGGAAAGCCAAUAUUAAGCAGACAAUAAUUAAUAAAAUUAAAAUAAAUAAAAUCUGCUUUAGGUGAGUCGAAAACAAAGUAAAUAAAAGAAGAUGAGUCCUGAUACUUGAAACCGUUUAAAGGGUUAAAACGUCAUACUGGCAAGAAGUGUAGCUAAUAAAAAAUUAUAUAUAUAUAUAUAUUACAGUUUAACCCUCUAUUGAUAAACUGUUCAAAGUAUCAGAACAAAACUUUUUUUACAUUCUUUGUUUAUCUAGCCAGCUAAAGCAGCUUUUUUUUAAUCCAUCACCAUUGGCUUUCCAUACAGGAUUUGGCGAGCACGGUGCAAGUUUUUUACGGGCGCCUUUUUGUUCCCUUGGUCGUCCUGCCGCGCAUUUUAUUGUCACCUUUGACUUUCCAUAAUUUGAAUGGUAAAACGAGCCUCUGUUGGCUUUUGUCUGCGACCACUCUGAUCCACUCUGAUGUUUUAUUCUUAUUUAUUACUAAGUGAUUACUGACCACGCUGCUACGGGCUCUACGACGAGCCAUCACUAAUCUCUUAAUCAGCCCUCGAUUAGAGUUGAAGGGUUAAUUUUCACGCAAUGCAAGUAAUCCACAAAGUGGGUUUUUAUUGACUUUUGUUACUUUGAACAUCCAUAUUCCUGUGGAGGGAGUAAGCUCUAGACGGUGAAUGAAAAUGUGUUCCAGAAUACCAGGUUACAUUUGUCUAAAUGUAGAGGAAGUGAUUUUUCUUGGCCCUGGUGUUGAAAUCAAUCAUAUUUGAGGUCAUUUGAAGCUUUUAUUUUUAUUUUAUUUUUUACAGAUUUAGUCUAAACCGGGAUGGAGAAACAGCCAGAUUUAGGAAUCCUUCAUCCAUGUUGUCUGUAUUAAAAUCUCUUCAGUCUUUUGUACAUGUUGCAUUACCCGUAAUGCCAUCUUUUAUUCAUAACACCCCAUGUCCUGAGUGUUAGAAAUGCUAGACUCCAUGAAUGAAUCUAUUUCCGCUCCAUGAAACUUUGAUGAAUAAAAGCUCAAAGAAGAAACAAUGUUGUAGAUUGAAGACUGUUAAGCAGUAUUAUUUCAGUCUGCAUUGUCUAUGGUCUGAUUUCACUGUGUAAUGGAUGCAAAAGUAUUGUAACUUACAAUGUACUAAACAUUUAUGAACGAAUACAAUGUAAAUAAGAUUAUAUUAAAAGAAAUUACAUUGAGAAUAA